CUCAAUUCCUCGUGCCACCUGCUUCUCCUUGCUUCUUGCACAGAAUGGCAUUUGGCGCUUCGCUCGUUCGAGUUUCGUCACCGAAGCUCUCUUUAGUCUCACAUGCCGAAGCUCUCUCACCCUCCUCGAAGUCGGCGUCCUUUAUGGGCGCGCCGCUUAAUUUUCUUCCCUCUUCUCGCUCCGGGAAGCAAGGGCAUUUUCAUGAGAAUCUUGUGGUUCUGUCCAAGAGAAUAUCGGGUCUGGAGGAGGCCAUGAGAAUUAGGAGAGAGCGAGAGCUUGCAAUUGUGAGAAAAGUUAGAAAGAGACAACCAUUGAGGCGUGGAAAGGUAUCGCCACGUCUUCCUGUGCCUGAUCACAUACAAAAACCUCCUUACAUUGGUUCUUCUAUACUGCCAGAAAUUUCAACCGAGUAUCAAAUGCAUGAUUCUGAAGGAAUUGCUCAAAUGAGGGCUGCAUGUCAGCUUGCUGCUCGUGUUCUAGACCAUGCAGGAACACUAGUUAGACCCUCAGUAACAACAAAUGAAAUUGACAAAGCAGUGCAUCAGAUGAUUAUUGAUGCUGGUGCUUAUCCUUCACCUCUUGGCUACGGGGGAUUUCCCAAGAGUGUUUGCACAUCAGUUAAUGAGUGCAUGUGUCAUGGAAUACCAGACUCUCGUCAAUUACAGAGUGGUGAUAUAAUAAACAUUGACGUGACAGUCUACCUAAAUGGAUAUCAUGGAGACACAUCGAAGACAUAUUUUUGUGGGGAUGUAAGUGACGGAAUGAGACGUCUGGUGAAGGUUACAGAGGAAUGUCUGGAGAAAGGUAUUGCUGUAUGCAAGGAUGGUGCUAGUUUUAAGAAAAUUGGAAAGAGAAUCAGUGAGCAUGCUGAAAAAUAUGGCUAUGGGGUGGUCGAGCGAUUUGUUGGGCAUGGUGUGGGAACCGUAUUUCAUUCUGAGCCACUUAUAUAUCACCACCGCAAUGAAGAACCUGGUCAUAUGGUCGAAGGUCAAACUUUUACAAUUGAACCAAUUCUUACCAUGGGAGGCAUCGAGUGCAUAACAUGGCCAGACAACUGGACUACUCUAACAGCUGAUGGUAGUCCAGCCGCUCAGUUUGAGCACACUAUUUUGAUAACUAGAACGGGAGCUGAAAUCUUGACCACCCCUUAGACAUUAAUUACAUGUAUAUACGCAAGGAACUGUAUGUAGCUCAGUUUACCAAUUUCAUUCACCAGUGAUGUGUUGUCUAGCAUAUACUCGUAUUGGAAUUUUUCAAAAUGAUGGUACACAUCCAUUAGACCACUAUUUCCAACUGACUCAAUCAGCUGAGUUUCAAUAUAGAAUUCAAACCUGUCUAGAAUUAUUCUUUGAACAUGUCUCAUCGUGCCCCUUUUAUCUUGGGUGACACGUACGCUGCUAUAUCAACAACAUAAUGGAGGGCAUUGAUUCCAAAUUUAGUUGAAGCCAAAAAUAACACUAUUGCUGUAUAGGAUGAAAUCAUAAUGAAAUAUAUGACAUUUAUCAAAUU